GGAACAUCAAACAGAUGAUAAAGUUAACACAAGAACAUCUGGAGGCUCUCCUGGACAAGUUUGGCGGAGAACACAACCCUCCCUCCAUUUAUCUAGAGGCCUAUGAGGAGUACACCAGUAAACUGGACGCUCUGCAGCAGAGGGAGCAGCAGCUGCUGGAGGCCAUCGGUAACAGCGCAGACUUCUCCUGCUCUCAGUCUGCUAUACCAGCCCUUCUGGAAGUCAAGAUAGGAGGUUGUGGGGUUGGUGCGGGGCCUCAGGCUUUCCACUCUGCCCCAAACACUUUGGCUGUCCUGCAGACCCCUACUGACACAAGCCGAGCCAACCCUCGCUCCCCCCAGAAACCCAUUGUCAGGGUCUUCCUGCCCAACAAACAGCGAACAGUGGUAAGUGUGAGCCGCUCUCUCGGGAUGCUUAUGUGGAUUUUAAGGCACGAAAGUCUGAUUGACGAGGCUCCUGAGAAGCAUGUCCCAACACGGCAGACUCUGGAGAGGCUACAUCUCUCGGCUGGAGUUCCCCUGGAUAAGCUGAAGGAGGUGGCUGAAACCAACGGCUGGCUGAGGUGUAGACAGUUUCCGAUACUCCCCACUUCCUGUUUCAGAGAGAAGAAGCCUAUUGGCUGGGACACAGACAUCUCGUGGCUGACGGGGGAGGAGCUACAUGUAGAAGUGUUGGAAAACGUGCCGCUCACCACACACAACUUUGUGAGGAAGACGUUCUUUACACUGGCCUUCUGUGACUUCUGCAGAAAGUUGUUGUUCCAGGGUUUCCGCUGUCAGACCUGUGGCUACAAGUUCCACCAGCGGUGCAGCACCGAGGUUCCUCUCAUGUGCGUCAACUACGACCAGCUCGACUUGCUACUAGUGUCCAAGUUCUUUGAGCACCACCCGUUCACCCAGGAGGAGGUCUCCUCAGAGGGAACCACGCCUGUGUCUGAGGCCUGUCCGUCACUUCCCCCAUCCGACUCCACUGGAUCAAUAUGCCACACCACUGUGUCGCCGUCCAAAUCCAUACCCAUCCCGCCCAGUUUCCGGCCCAACGAGGAAGACCACCGCAACCAGUUUGGCCAGCGGGACCGUUCAUCCUCUGCCCCCAAUGUGCACAUCAACACCAUCGAACCGGUCAACAUCGAUGACCUGAUUCGAGAUCAGGGCUUACCGAGGUCAGAUGGAGCCCCCCCGACCCACCCCGCCUGCUGCUUGAGGAAGCACCGAACACGGACCUCAAGCCCCCUCCUAUACUCCUAUCCCAAUGACAUAGUGUUUGAUUUUGAGCCCGAGCCCGUUUUCCGAGCCAUACACCUCACGGCGCAGUACCACACGCUGCCUGCUCGAUGGAUAGCGGUUUCUUUGAUGGAGGCGCUCUCCGUCAUCUUUAAUCGUUUUGUCCCCGGGCUCUCAGGUGAUGUGGCAGUGAAGAUGCUGAAUGUCACCGCUCCCACGCCACAGCAGCUUCAGGCAUUCAAGAAUGAAGUGGGAGUCCUCAGGAAAACGCGUCACGUGAACAUCUUGCUCUUCAUGGGCUACACCACCAAGCCCCAGCUGGCCAUCGUGACCCAGUGGUGCGAAGGCUCCAGUCUGUACCACCACCUGCACAUCAUUGAGACCAAGUUCGAGAUGAUCAAACUGAUCGACAUAGCCCGACAGACCGCUCAGGGCAUGGAUUACCUGCAUGCCAAGUCCAUCAUACACAGAGAUCUGAAGAGCAACAAUAUUUUCCUCCAUGAGGACCUAACGGUGAAGAUCGGGGACUUUGGUCUGGCUACGGUGAAGUCCCGCUGGAGUGGCUCCCACCAGUUUGAGCAGCUUUCAGGCUCUAUUCUUUGGAUGCUUCAGAUUUUGGCAUCCAUUGAGCUGCUGGCUCGCUCGUUACCCAAAAUCCACCGCAGCGCCUCGGAGCCUUCGUUAAACCGAGCUGGUUUUCAGACAGAGGACUUCAGUUUGUAUGCCUGCGCCUCACCUAAAACCCCCAUCCAGGCCGGCGGUUACGGGGAGUUUUCAGCAUUUAAAUAAAUGGCGGCAGAUACCAGCAGUCCAUCCCUCGUCACUCCUCAACAGUCUCGUGUCCCUGCGGUGGAUUCAUUCAUUACUGGGAAAAAAAAGAAAAAGGAAAAAAACAACGCGCCGUUUUCUUCCUCCGUCACCUCGAAGAAGGCAGCCUCACUAACAAGAAGCCGUCCAUUGGGCAGACGGCAGCAACACACACAAACUAAUCAGGAAAGACGGAACAACAACAAAGCGAAGACAAAGAUAUCCGUACCAAACCGCUUUGAGGAGGAAGUAAUCGCCUUGCCUGAUGGAUCCAAGUUGACCCACAGAGGAAAACCAUUUACAGGAGAGCUUUGGAUGCGAGUUGUCCGGUCGCUGUCGUGCCGGCGAGGAGGAGCUGGGCGUUAGCCGUGCUGCUGAGCAGAGAACGGGCCUGCGGACCGAGAGGAGGCUUCACGCCGCCAGCUGCUGGAAGGCGUUGGCGCUUCCCUGGGAUGGGCUGGAGGAGGAUUGUGAAGGACGAUGACUUGAAAGAGAAAUCUGUUUGUAUUUUUUCCAUUUGUGUUUUCCAUUUUAGCUAGCAGCUGCUGGGAAUACUUUGUCUUGGAUCUUUUAGCCGUUUUUUGUUUUCGGUGUUUCUGGAGUUCGUCUCCAACAUGGCAGCUGCUCUCUGCCAGCGAGGACAGCAACAGAUCUGCACCUCCACCAUGUUCUCCAUUCCACUUUAAAAGCUUUCAAAGGAUGUUGUGGUCAUGUGACAAGCAGCAGAAAUGAUCGUCUCCAAGGUAACAUCAGGUCACAGAAGGUUUCAGCUGGACCUGCUCGCGGCGUUUCUUUGCUUCUCAUCGUUUUCACACUAAGUGCACGUUGUGGCGUUGCUUUCUUCUCUCCUGUGGGACCACAAAGCUUUAGCGUUGCACUCACACAGACGUGUUCCCGGCUGCAGAGUCACCUGCUGUUGAUCGAGAUCUGCAGCUUUGAAAGUUCUGGAAAUGUCCUUUAAUCCCACCUCUUACAUUCUCUGUACGUUCAUGUUGUUCCAGGUUUAGAUUUGUUCUGCUCUUUGUUUGCCUUCUUCCUGUACAGGCAGGCCUGCACACACUGACUUAUUUAUGGGACUUUUUAUGGGUUUAUUUUCAGGCUUUAUUUUUUUUUACAACCCUUGUUUUAGUCAUGUGACUCAUAUUUGCACUUUGGAUUGAAGCGAACGAGCGACUCGCCUUUUUGUUUUUGUUUCUUUGUUCCUAAUUGAAGAAGCGAGCAGACUUCCAGUGAAGCUGCAGGACUGUAAAUAUUCAUUUGAGGACCGUGUGACGAGCCUGCAGACCUCCCGCCGUGACGAGGCUCCUGGCCUCCCCUCGUGGACUGAGAGCGCGCAGCUAGUUGACGUGUCAGACCGAGCGCCGACAGGGCGGGUCUUCGCCUCCAUGUGUGUCUUUCUAUUCCGGACGUUACCCGUCACCUCCGUGGCUUCCUUUCCAGUGAGUUUGUAUUUGUAACGUUGUUUCAGUCGCCACAUCGUGAGAUGAUCUGCUUUAGAAAAUCGAACUAAACCGGCGCUGUCACGUAGCCAACAAGCGUUAGAUUCAAAGUAUCUGCAGAAAGAGAAGCUGCCAGGCUUCAGCCCACCGGGGGCUCAGCUGGGGGGAGCCGAGGGGGUCGUGGAGUCUGCACGGCUGCACGUGUGAGCUUUGUUUGUUUCCCAGUUUAUUACAGAGAGACCGCGUUGUUGUCACCACUUCAACUAGCUGGACGCUGCCUUUAGUAAAGUCAGGCACGGACUAAAUGUGACGACGAAUUGAAAGACUUGAUCUGAUAAAAGCUUUUCUCGCCUGGUUCCACUGCAGGUGGCUGUUUGCUAACACAUCAGCAAAGCUGCAGGGACAGGAUGCAUCGCUGAACACAGCAUUCGUGUGCAGUCGUGACUGAACGUUGUAGCUACGUCAUCAAUUCAAGGAUUGAUGACAGCUCUGCGCAUGCACGGUAUCGUCCAGCGUCACAUCUCAGAGCGAGAGACUGAUCGAUUGAAAGGUUCGAAUUCAGUGUCCGGCGCUCAAAACCUCCAGAAGCCCAGAACCAAACGUCGAUCAGUAACGAGCGUUUAUUUACCCGUUUAGAUGAUAUGUAGAGGUCACGUUGGCCUUUUUAUUAAACGACAUAUCGUCCUGUCACUGGGGAGGUUUUGCUGCUACCCACGGCGCCCUAAAGCUUUGCCCACAGCUGCCGUUUUCUCCAGAGGACUCGUUAAAGUCUCCUGUGCAGGUGAUUGUGUCACCAGAGCGAGUCGUGAAGAUGAUGAAGAAGCUCUGCGGUCAGUGAAACCAAACUCGGGUACCCACAGAGCAGGACGAGGUCCGUCUGAAUGCUCCAGUUAUCAGUUUGAAGCUUUGUCACGCUGCACAAAGACGUGGACGGGUGGAGUCAGCAGUGGUUGCCUUUGAGUCUCGUGCGUCGCGUUACAUAAGCUAAAGAGUUACUUUGCUUCCUACGUUUCUUACAGAGGCACUAAAAUCCCAGCUGCACAUCAGACUUUUUACUUUCCACUCGUCUUGUUCACAUGAUGCACAGGAGUUGAUCUCACGGUCUUAUUCGGUCACACAGAAGUGAAACAGUCCAAAGUUUGGAUGGAAAAGUUCUGAGUUUACGUUGGCUUAAAGCACCGGAGACGUUGGGCCGUGGAGAUGCUGAUGAAGACCGAGUGAUGCAGCACCUGAGCUUAGCCUCACCGCACCGAGCACACAGCCGCCGUCCACAGGCAGUGUUAACAUCCUCCUUCCUGCCGCCUGCAGAGCUGGGAUCGGCUCACGUGUUUUUCAAGAGUUGGUUUUCCUUGGAGAUGGUUAUUUUCUACAGGAAUACCACGUACAUCUGCUCUAGCUUCAUAGAUCCUGCAGGAGCAAACACUGGACUCUCCGUCUCACGCAGCGCUUUCCGUUAGCCGCCUUCUUCUACUUUCACGUUCCUUUCUUCUUAAACAUUCCCUCCCUCACUCCCUGCCUGCACCUUAAACCCAACGAUUCCUUUCAACCGAGUACUAUCAUGUAAAACUUUAGAUUUGUUUGGUUUUUUUCACCUGUAAAUAUUGUACAAAGGAAAUCCUGUCAGUUUGCGAGGAGGCAUGGAGACAACAACUGUACAAACAAAGUACAACACGUUCAAAAUAAAGUCACAAAGAUUAAAAGACAUUUUCAUAGGCAAACAAAUGUUUGAGUGUAAAAAUAUUUAAGGGUGUAUCAUACAGAGAAAGAGCUUAAUGUAUUUGUUGUGAAUAUAAAAAACUGAUAUAUUAAAGAAAUGCAUGAAAACUUUA